AUGUCCGGCGAUGUCGGCUCUUCACAAAGUGACCAAUGGUCUCUAGCAAGUGCCUCAACCAAAUUGAAUUGCACACUAGAAAGCGAUGCAUCAACCAUAAUUCCGCAUUCUCAAAAGUCAUCAAGAUCACGAUCGCAGACCUUAAUAUUCUCCCGCUUAGCGCCGCUAAGAGUAAACAUGCGAAUAUCCGCAAAACAUCACGAAAAUAACCCACUUUAUUUCAUACAUGUCGGAGGAAUGCUGGGCGACCAUACGGAUAUAACGAUGUACAAAGGCAAUAAAAACGGCCAACAACUCGGAACCUGUCGAUUCAACAAAUUCCGAUCUUCGAAAAUCCACUUCAAGUUGAGCGCGGGUGAAAAAUCCGCUCUUGAUCUCGUCUCUCAACAUGGAUAUUAUCAAUGGUCCAUUCCUCGAACACUGGAAGCGAGUGACCGUAAGGAAGAUGUUGGGGAAAUAUUCUUCCUCUGGAGAAGAUCGCUGGAUCUAGAUCGGGAUACACGAAAUGCAGAUGCUCUCAAUUUAGAGUUGUGUAGCCCUGAUCCUUAUGAAGUGCAUGCUACAUAUGCGGGUGCAUUACCGGGAAGUGGAAAAGGGGGUGUACUUGAGAUCAAGGAUGACUUGGGGGAGGACUUUAAGGUUAUGGCCGUUCUGACACUUUCCGUAUUGGUGGAAAAGGCGAGGCAGAAACGAGAUCGGAACGGGGAUAAUACUGCUCGCUUGAUGGCUUUUGGGUAA